GCCACACCCGCGCGCGCGUCGUCGGCUGCCGUCGUCGCGUCGUUCCUCGCCCCGCGUCGUCGUCGUCGUCGCCGUCGUCGUCGGACGAGCGCCCGUUCGCGCGCCGUACCAGGUCGCGUCCUCCUCCUUCGUCGUCCGUCAGAUCCGAGGGGACGCGACCGCGAGCGAGAUCUUCCGGUCAACAACGAACGCGAUUCUGAUGGCGGUCACCGUGAACCUCGAGUCCGUCGUCGCUCGGCUCGAGGCCGUCGCGGCGAGGCUCGAGAAGCAAGGCGUCGGCGUCGGCGUCGGCGCCGGCGCCGUCGCGGCGCCGCCCGCGCCCGCGCCCGCGCCCGCGCCCGCGCCCGGGGAGAUCCCCCCGUCCGUCGCGUCCUACGACGCGCUCCUCUCCGGCGCGCUGAAAACGAUGACGUCCGCGGCGUCCCCGCUCGGCGCGGAGAUCACGGACGCGGUGAAGCUGUUCGAGGACGCGUUCGCGAAGCUCCGCGACGUCCUCGCCGUCGUCGCCGCGUGCAAGAGACCGACCGACGUCGACGCGUUGCAGACGCUCAUCGCGCCCGUCGGCGAGCGCAUGAUGAAGCUCGCCGCGACGACGGAGGGACGACGCACGGACGCGUUUAACCACCUCAAGGUCAUCGCGGAGAGCGUCCAGUGCCUCGCGUUCGUGGCGUACCAAGGCCCGGACAUGGGGAUGUCGCUGCCGAUGCCGCACGUCGCGGAGGCGUGGCAGUCCGCGGAGUUUUACGCGAAUAAGAUUCUCGUCGAGCACAAGGGCGAGGGGAAGGACCCCGCGCACGCCGCGUUCGUGAAGGCGAUGAAACAGCUCGUGUUGACCGAUUUCAAAGGCUACGUGAAGGAGUUUCACGCGACCGGGCCGGGUUGGAACCCGCGAGGCGUCGACGUGAAGGAUUUUAAGGUGGAGAAGGUGGCGAAGAGGGCGGGCGGGCCGCCGCCGCCGCCGCCGCCGCCGCCGCCGGGAACGCUCGGCCUGAACAAACCGGGUGCGCCGCCGCCGCCGCCGCCGCCGCCGCCGCCGGGGCUCCUCACGACCCCGAAACCCGAGUCUGGGAUGAACGCGGUGUUUAAAGAACUCAACAAAGGCGAGGCGAUCACCUCCGGGCUGCGCAAGGUCACGGACGACAUGAAGACGAAGAACCGCGCGGAUCGGUCCGGGCUCGUCGGGGACGCGCCCGCCGCCGGCGCCGCCGCCGCGACGAAACCCGCGACCGCCGCCGCCGCGCCGGCGACGAAAGCCCCGAAGCUCUCCCUCGAAGGCAAGAAAUGGGCGGUCGAGAAUCACGUCGGGAACAAGACGAUCGAGCUCAACGACGUCAACCCAAAACAGACCGUGUACGUGUACAACUGCCGCGACUGCGUGAUCAAAAUCAACGGCAAGGCGAACGCGGUCACGAUGGACGCGUGCGCAAAGUCCGCCAUCGUGUUCGACGACGUCCUCGCGACGUGCGAGAUCAUCAACUGCGCGUCCGUGCAGGUGCAGUGCAUGGGAACCGUCCCGACCGUCGCGAUCGAUAAGGUGGACGGGUGCCAGGUGUACUUGGGGGAGAAGUCGUGGAGCGCCGAGGUCACGACGGCGAAGUGUUCCGAGGUGAACGUGACGUGCGUGCCGGCGGAGGGGAGCGCAGAGGAAGCAACGGAGACGGCGAUCCCGGAGCAGUUCGUCACGAGGCGGGGGGAGGAUGGGAAGUGGCGCACGGUGCCGAUGGGGCAUUGAGGGGCGCGAGCGAAGGCGCGCCGUGUAGGAGUUGUUUACGAAACGUUUCGUGAAAAAAAGCAGAAAAAAACUGGAAAAAAA